AUCGGUGGUACCGACGGCUCUGAAUAUUUAAGCUCAUGUCACUGCUUCAACGCUGUUACGAAGAAAUGUCGCGAGGUGGCGCCUAUGAAUGUCCGGAGACGCAAUUUAAGUGUGGCAGUUCUGCGAGGUGCAGUGUACGCCAUGGGCGGUUUCGAUGAACAUCGGGAUCACAGAACGGCUGAAAGAUACGACAGCAAGACGAACCAGUGGUCGUGGAUCGCUCCCAUGAAUACAGCGCGAUCCAAUGCAUGUGCUGCUUUGCUGAAUGACAAAAUAUACUUCGCUGGUGGAUGUGAUGGUUACAAUGUCCUAGACUCGGUGGAAGUUUAUCACCCGGACACCAACCGAUGGACGUUCGUUGCACCAAUGAUUACUGGACGUGCCAAUUUUUCUUUCGUCGCCUUCAACGCCUGUCUGUACGCUCUAGGAGGACACAACACGACAUCAUCCGAGCUCAGUACCGAAAAGUAUGACCCUACAGAAAACAAGUGGACCAAGAUCCCUAGCAUGGACGCCUAUUCAAGUGACUUAAACGCAGAAGUGAUGAACGAUAAGAUCUUCGUCAUCGGCGGAUAUUACGAAGCGAACAACUUCGGUGUCAAAUGUUUCAAUGACAAGGAAAAUCGAUGGUACCAGUUGCCAAACAUGAAUGUUUUUAGAUGCUUGCUGUCGAUUUGUGUCAUCAAGAACUUACCGAAUGCAAGCGAUUACUCCUAAAACAAUCCGAUUGGUAGCCUGUUCGGAUGUUUUCUUAUGUUUCUUAGCACUAGAACUUAGCAUUUAAAUGACCCGGGCCUGCGCGCAAACUGAAGAACGGUUCGUUUAAGUGCUAAGUGCUAAAUGCCAAGAAACGUAAAAAAAAAUUUGAUUGGGAAAAUCAGCGGCUUCCUGAAGAGGAUUCGCGCGGAGUCGGCCUGCGGGAUCGUGGCCCGGAUGAAGGGAGACAUCGUGACUCUGGUGCCUGAUACGACGACGGAUUCCGGGCCACUGUCAGGGUGCUGCGAUCCCUCGGUGAGAGCGAGGGUGUGAGUUUUCACAACAUUCUCUCUUCCCGAGGAUCGGUGCGUGCAACUGUUAAUUAAAAAUUUGGGCGCGCGCAUACCCGAGGCUGAGAUCCGCGAGGAGCUGGCUGCCAUGCACAUUGACAUGCAGGGGGUCAUUCAACUCCGAUUGAUGCGCCGGGUCAUGGACCAGGACGGUGACCGUCCCCUCACUUUAUUGUGUCGGUAGCACGGGGCCCCGACGUGGGAAAGGUGCGUGCUGUAACCAAGAUCUGCGGCCUGCGGGUCACCGAAGGGGCCCAUGCAGUGCAAGCGGUGCCAACGCUUCGGGCACACGCAGCGGAACUGCGGCUAUGCACCCAUGUGCGUGGCCUGCGGGGA